CGCACACUGCUCCGACCUAACUGUUCCAGCUGGUUUCUCAUCGGCAUCACAGCCGAGAGGAUGGACUUUUUGAAGCCGGUGUUCAUCGGAAAACACAGGCUGAGGUGGUGACGUUCUUUGACCAAAACCGCCCUUGGUGAGCAGAUAACACAAUGGCAACUAGUCUCUGAAGAUCCAGGUCAUAGUUAUCCAAGGAUGGGUGAAAUCAAGUGCAACUAGACUGGUUGGACAUACUUGAAGACGUUUCGCCUCUCAUCCGAGGGGCUUCUUCAGUUUUGCAAAUGCCUACUGUGCCUACUAAUUCCACCUGUCCAAAUACAGGUUCGGGUGAACCUCUAAACCCACUUGCCUGGAUCCUCACAGGGGCUCUCUCCUUCACCAUCCUGGCAUUCACGAUGUUGGGCGUCAUGUAUCUCAGAAAAUAUCGUUCUUUGGUCCAGACCACUCGAAUGCUGCAGGCGAGCAAGCUGUUGCUGGGUGCCGUUCCUCAGCUGGAAGCUCCCAUCCCGCCUGUGAGGCCGUUCAUAGCAGUAAGAGAGGAGAAGGCUGAGGAGCCCCCUCCCCAAGCUCCGCUGAGGCAGAGCAGCACAGUCAGGUCCCCCUCCAGGAGGCUGUGGAAAAGCCUGCAGCAGGGUCCUCGUUUCACCAAGUCAGAUCUGAACCUGCUACAGCUGAUCAAAGCAGGAAAAGAGGGUGUCUUCUACCAGGCCAGGCUGACCAAGGGGACGUGUAAAGGCCACAACACGUUCACCUGCAAGAUCAGCAAGGAAGGUGUCCGUCCCAAACACGUAGACACGGAGGUUUCCAUCAUGAGGAAACUGGUGCACCACAAAAACAUCCUCCAACUGCUAGACUGGAACACCACUGAGGAGCCUUACAUUCUGAUCAUGGAAUAUGUGAGCUAUGGCACUCUGAGGACCUUCCUGCAGACCAACAAAGCCCACCUGAGUGCAGACCCUGAGCUGCAGAGCCUCCUCACCAUCGCCUCCUACCACAUUGCUCUGGCCAUGCAGCAUCUGCGCUCCAAAAUGAUCAUGCACUGUGACCUGGCUCUGAGGAACGUCAUGGUCAAUAAGUUUCCCUGGGAGGUAAAAGUGGCGGAGUUCGGCCUGGCCCGAGACUUAACACGCAUGACGAGCCGCCGCAGCAGCCGCUGGAGAAACCCACGGCAGCGUGUGCCCCUGCGCUGGUACCCACCUGAGUACUUCAAGAACAACUAUUACAGCUUCAAGGGAGACGUGUGGGCAUUUGGCAUCGUGCUAUGGGAGAUGCAGACAUUUGGUACACUGCCAUACCCAAACUUGGAGACAUCAGAGGCAGUGGUGUACCACAUCUGUAUUGGUCAUAAGAACACAAACCCUGAAGGCUGCAGACCGGAGAUGAUUCAUAUCAUGCAAGACUGCUGGCUGGAGCCGUACACUCUGAGACCCUCAUUCACAGACAUUGUUCAAAUGCUGGAGAACAUCAUUGAAAACGAUGCGGAUUAUGUGGAUGUUGAGAGUCCGAGGCUUUUGGUGAACGAUGACGCUGAAUAUCAUGAAGCUAAAUGUCUACGAGCAGCCAGCGUCACCUUUAAAGAUAAAAAUCCAUCUAAAUAAAUUUACCAAGGCAUCAGAUCAAGCUGUUUUCUGAAUGAUUGUGUAUUUAAAACAAUACACACAUUUAUAGGCAAAUUGUUUCAGCUUGGGGGACAGCCUGUCAAGUGCUUCAACUGGACAGUGGUGUAAUGUCACAGGGAUGGUAAAAUUAUGUAGCCUACUUAUAUGUUCUUGUUUGCCAAUGUAAAAUGUCAUGUUCUGUGUUUCUAUUUUAACUUUAGUUUUUUUUAUUUUUA